AGAAAGAGAGAGGCUGCUAUGUGUUCAUGAGUUUUCUUCUUCUUCUUCCCAAAACACACAGAGAGAGCAAAUAAAAGGAACAUUCGGCCUCUUGUCCCCUCUUCCCAUCGCAAAACCCUAAUUUGGCUUCUACAAACCCUAAUUGCGUCAUCAUCCUCUAUUCUAAUCGCUCCCCGUUUUAUCCCUCGAAUUCGUUUUUUUUUUGGUUUCUUCCAAAAUUUUCGUUCGCACCCAUCGUGCUGUGUUGAAUCUUAGGGAUUAGGGUGAUUAACAUCGGGAGUGAUGGUCAGAGAUAAUUGCCUUGCCCCCUAGUUGUUAGGGUGCCAUCACUGUAAAUUCCUGCUAGUCCCAUCGUGCUGUGUUGAAUCUUAGGGAUUAGGGUGAUUAACAUCGGGAGUGAUAGUCGUCAUAUACAGAGACAAUUUCCCCCUAGUUGUUAGGGUGCCAUUUCAUUUCAUGCUAGUCUCUUAUUGAUAGUGAUGAUGAUCUUCUAGCAAUCUGUGGGAGAGAGGAAUCAAUUGUUCGUUGCGAAGAGCAAAAUUGGUUGAUGGAGAAACGUGAACCCUCUUUGGUACCUGAAUGGCUAAGAAGUACAGGGAAUGGUUCUAGUGUUGGGAGUAAAAAUCACAUUCUAUCAUCCUCUGCUCGCUCUGAUUCUUCUUUGUUACUUAAUAACAGCAAGACUAGGAACCCUAGGACCAAAGCCACCGAUGUUGAUUCUCCUCCUUUUCUUGAUCGGUCUUGUUCCACCAAUUCCCGGAGGGGCUCUACCAAAAAUGCAUAUAGUAACUUCAAUGUUCAAAGGAGCAAUAGAGAUAAAGAUCGGAGCAGCAGGGAGAGCUACAUAGACCACCCAUGGGACCAUGAUACUUCUUUCCCUUUCGGUUCCUUCUUAAAUGAAGUGCAGUUAAGGCGAUCUAAUUCUAUGACAUCAAGGAAACAGGACGACCACCCAGGGUUUUCUAUGGGUUUCAAAGAUGGUAGAAGCAUUUUCAACAGGAAUGGUAUACUUCCUCCUGCACAGAGCUCUGAGAGGAAUCAAGACGUUGUAAGAAUCUCAUCUCCUUGUCUAAGUCCUGCUGUUGUUGGUGGUAACUCAAGCUUGACUCCUGGGGAACAUUGGACAUCGGCUCUGGCAGAGGUUCCCAUUGUUAUUGACAAGAGUGCUUCUGACCCCGUUGCUGCUAAUGUUGCUACCUUAACGGGACAGACUCGUAACAUGGCUGAAGCAUUGUUGCAGCCUCCUAGAACUGGUACACCUCCCCAGGAAUCUUCAAAGAUACAAAGACUCGAGGACCGAGCUCUUAAGCUAAUACCGGUUCUGCCUUCUACACCAAAGGGCUCAGUUCUGAGCUCUUCUGAUAAAUCCAAGAACAAACCAAUGCCUCGAAGUGGUGAAAUUGGUCCUGCUUCUUUUAGAAAUACCCAUCAGCAUUCCUCUAUUCGGCUAGGUAAUCUUCCUUCUAAUGCUGGUGGUCAAAUCAAGCCUGAUACUACUAAGAAGAUGGUGGUUCUCAAACCUGCUGUCAAAGAAUCUGCAAGUCCACGUUCUACAAACAACAGCCUCGCUGCUGCUGCUGCUAGCCAGAUGAUCGCUGCUCCAUCUGCACCAUCCACUUCUUCUGCGCAAAGUACAAACAAUCCAAGGGAGCUCAAGGGAGCCUCGGUAAACAUGCCAGCAGAAAAGAAGCUUUCCCUGGCUCAAACUCAGAGCAGGAAUGCAUUUUUCAGUACUUUGAAGAAGAAGGAGACAUCCACAAACAUCUCAACUAGCUCUUGCACCAUCUCUAAGGAGCUUGUAGCUAGUGACCCUUCAAGUGUAGAAAGAGAUGACAUGGUCAUGGAAAGGGUCGAGAAAGUUUCUGAGAGGGUUAGCGUUUUUGAAUCGACAGACCUUCCAGAUGAAGAAGAGGCGGAGUUCCUUAAAUCCCUUGGGUGGGACGAAAACAAUACUGAGGUAGAAGCCCUCACAGACGAGGAGAUCAGAGCCUUCUAUGAACAGCACAAGGAGGUGAAGCCAUCACUGAUGCAAACGCUGCCUAUCAUUAAAGAGGCAACUGAGGACGCAACUCUCAACUCGUGAUCCGAUUUUGAAGAUAGUUUUCUCACUUCUCUUUCCUUUUUCUUUUUAGUUUUAUUACUUGGUGGAGUGGACAAGAAGGUGGGGGAGGCUUCAGUUGCACUUUUGAGUGUUGUUCUACUUCAGAUAAGCUACAAAAUGAGUUUUUGUACAUCUGUUGUUCUGAAGAUAGAAAGAGCUUUUGUUUUGCUAUAGCUUCCUUAGGUUUCUAAUGUUUGAUAUGAUGAGGGGAAGGUCAGGUCAUAAAACUUUGUUGGUGGUAUAAAGAAAAUUUAAAGGCUUUCGGUUUCUUUCUUAAAAAAUAUAAAUUUCAUC